AUGAGAGUGUCGUUGGGACAGGUGGCGACAUGCAUUAGACCACGAUGUCUUCGAAUACCACCCCGUAAUCCAUGGGUUUAUCAACAUUUGUUUGCACAUUUCCAGCCUCAGAAUACGCCUUCAUUGGCUCAGUUGCGGCAAUGGAGCUCCUGCUUCCGGCGAAACUCAUCUACGACUUCAACACAUGCCAAAGAUCACCUCUCAUGUGGAUCCAGGAUCGACUUGCCUUUGGAUGAAUCCAGCGUCCGCCACUCUUCCGAUACUUUCAAAUGGGCCACGCUGCUAGAAGAGGCAUCCGUGUACGGCAUUCGAAGUAAGGAACGCCUAUGUUUCGAGGCAGACGUGGGCCAUCGUCUCGACAUUGGGUCCCGCUUAGUGGACCAACCGGCUGCACGUCAAAAUAUUGACCUUUGGCUUCUGCUGCUCAGAGCUCAAGCUCUUCAAAAUGGCCAUGAAGGUAUCAAGGCCAUCUGGCGCGGCCUCACAUACCGCGGCAACGCUAUCCGCUUAGAUGACAAAGAUCCCGCAGUCAAUACUCUUUGGCAACUUUUCCUGUCUGCUGGAUCUGACGAUCGUCAAUUCCUUUGGUCGCUUUGCAAUGUGUCCAAACGCGCCAUAUUUGAGCGCCCUCGUCUUUUCGCCGAAAUUGUUGGCGCAUCAUUAGAGGGCUCUUCUCCUCAGGAUGCCCCUCUUUUCGCGGGUAUUCUGGUUGAAAACCACUAUCGAGGUCGCGAUGACCUCCUCGGGACAUUCCAUGCUGCCUCUCGCUCGACACACCCCCAUGCUUUGAGAGACUUCCAGAAGAUUUACAACCUGGUACCGAAAACACACAUAUACGCCGAGGUCACAUCUGCUCUGUGGAAACAAGAUCGAUCUUCGGAUGCAUUUAUGAUGCAUUCUUUCCUGGUAUCUAAAGGAGACCUGCCACCUUAUUUUGAAGCAUUGGAACCUUUUAUCCACCAUCUAGCGAUCCACGACAAAAACCUCAACAGCUUCCUCAUGCCUUUGGACUUGGCCGGGGCUUCAUUCGAGGGUCAGGCUCGUCGCUUGUGGUCAAAAGAGAAAAGUAGACUUGCUGGAAUGUCUGCCGAAUCCCUGAACAUUGUUGCAAGUAAAACCAUGGGUAUUACGCCCAGGAAGCUCAGUGACCAAUUUGUCGCACGAGCAUUUGCAACUCGGGCAUUCUCAUUCGAUUUUGCCGUUAAUAGUUUGAGAAUGAUUGGCUUGAUCGAAGUGGGACCGCUGGCCGUUCGUGAAAUGACAUUGACGUCGCCCGAUCUGGCGACUUUGCAAGCCCGAUUUCAAAAACUUCAGGAGCUCGAGAUUGACACGGGCUCUUCAAGGCUUGUUCAAAUCCUCAAGAAUGUUUGUGACGUUGGUCGAUGGGAAAUGGUUCAGGCGCUUGUGAACAACGAUCUACAUCAUGAGGUGUUUGAGAAUCUGCAACUGCAAAAACAGCUUUUGAAAGAAUACUACCGGAAACAAGACUGGCUACAAAUUAAUCGAACCCUUGCCAUCAUAAACAAUGGCCGGUUUGAUACCGAAGCCCAGAAACGAGCUUCAGAGAUGUUGAUAACAUGCAUGCUCGACGUUGGCGAUUGGGAUGGGGCUAUCUCCCUGGCAACAAAUGCACAAGUGCGUGGUUGGAGUAUUUCUUCAGCUUUGCCGCGGGUGAUACGGCAGAUUAUCAAAUACACAAAAGCGGGCGAAUUCCACCAUUCCACAAAUGUGGACCGAAUUGCUUUUUUCAUAGGCAUGCUGCAAAAUAUUCUAGGAUCCGGGACAUACUUUGGGAUGGAAUUAUGGCGAAGGCCACUCCGAGCCUUGGGCAGCUUUGGUCGGAUGAGAGAGUUUGAGUCUCUGGUCUACUGGAUCGCAGAAUGGUACAGGCCCAAAGGAUUGCAUGAGCAAGAUCUGACAAAGCCACUGUCGGAGAAGUUGUCCGAUUUGAAUGUUCUUUUCAACGACAAGUUUCAGAAGGCUCUGAUCGCGUGGUGUUUCCGAGCUCACAAAGGGAUGGCCACGGUGUCCCCGGAGCUGUGUCUUCGUUGGACCCGCGUUCUCAAGAGACUUCGUGACCGACAUGGAGUCCAAGUCAAGGAGCACAUUAUUCGCUGGGCGUUUAUAGCUAAUCUACGGCGGCUGUUCAGACCGAAUUGGCAUUUGAGACCAAGGCAUAACAGAAUAAGAGCCAGGAACACAGCGACACUCUCUCGAUAUUGGCAGUUGUAUGAUGCGAUGUGGGAUAUGAAACCGGAGGGCAAGGUCAGAUAUAAGAACCGACAUCAAGCUGUCCUCAGCGCUCGUCAACCACGGAAGUUCUUACGCAAGAGAGGGUCACAUUUGAUGUCUCGUCAGUCACGUUUCAGCGCCGAGCAGACAUCCACCAGAGCCGUCCAUGGGAGAAUGGGACAGAACAAUGUGCCGGAAGACAUUGUCAUGUACAGAGAUCUCUUCAAUGCGUCGUGGGAGGAUUAUAGGAAGUGA